AUGUUAUACCUCGACAUCGCAAGGGAGACCGAGCACUUGAAAAGCCUGCAGUCACUUUCAUACAUAUUUGAGACUUGCCAACCUGCCACCAUGGGCUGCUUCAAUCUCCAUGCGUCGAACACGGAUGAUCCGCCUGAAGUCCGCAAUUGGCGCAUUCACGUCAUUGCACUUAUCGCAUCAAUGGGAUCUGUCGCCAUGGGAUAUGAUACAAGUGUUAUCGGAGGAACAAUGGCUCUUGAUUCGUUCAGAAGAGAUUUCGGACUGGCGGAUGUUUCAGCUCACACUCGAGAUACUCUUCAAGGAAACAUCGUUUCGACUUUUCAAGCUGGAUGCUUUUUCGGAUCUCUCCUCACUUUCCCAUUGGGGGAGAAGUUUGGACGUAAGAAAGCGAUCAUGUUCGCCAGCUUGGUGUUCUGUAUUGGUGGUGCAAUGAUGACCGCUGCGGACGGCAUCAUUGCUCUCAUUAUCGCUGGAAGAGCCAUUGCCGGCCUCGGUAUUGGCGCAGUAUCUCUCUUGGUCCCAGUAUACAUUGCCGAAACAUCGCCUCCUUCGAUUCGUGGCCGCCUUGUCGGAAUUUUCGAAGUCCUCUCGCAGGGUGGUGGAAUGUUAGGUUUCUGGAUCAACUAUGCCGUCAAUCGCACUAUUAGCGUGGAGGGCAAAGUUCAAUGGAUAGUUCCUCUCUCCUUACAAUUGAUACCUGGGGCGCUUUUAUUCUUUGGAAUAAUAUUCUGUCCUGAGUCUCCACGAUGGUAUGCGAAAAAGGACAGAUGGGAGGAGGCAGGCAAGACACUAUCUCAGAUCCGCCACCUCGAUGAAAGCCAUCCAUAUAUCCAGAGAGAGCUGUCAGACAUCCGGGAGCAGAUCGUUAUGGCCAGCCCAGCCAAUGGGCAACCCAUGAAGAAGAUGGAUAUGUUGAAGAGGCUCUGCCAGAAAGGCACCAGAAACAGGAUCGCCAUUGGCCUAUUCUUGAUGGCUUGCCAAAACCUCACUGGCGUUAACAUUAUCACCUACUACUCUCCACGGAUUUUUGAAACUCUUGGUAUUACCGGAACUGAUACAAAGCUCUUUGCGACUGGAUUCUAUGGAAUAGCCAAGACGCUGGGAAUGAUUGUCUUUUCUGUGUAUCUUGUGGAAAAAGUAGGGCGACGACAAGGACUCAUAUGGGGUGCUUUCAUCGGUUCUUUACCAAUGUGGUACAUUGGUGGUUAUGUGAUGAGAGCAGACCCCGCAGGAGCAGCAGCGAAGGGUGUCGUCUCACAGAGCGGAGCCGGGUAUGUUGCAAUGGUUUGCGUGUACCUAUACGGAUUUAUUUAUUGUAUGACAUGGCAAGGAAUUACAUGGGUUUACUGCUCUGAGAUAUUCCCCUUUGACAUUCGUCUGCUGUGUGUUGCGAUUACCACUGCCGAUCAAUGGCUGUGGAGCUUUGUGAUCUCACGAACUACUCCCUACAUGAUUACUUCUCUGGGAUACGGGACUUACAUGUUCUUCGGUUCUCUGAUGGUGCUCAUGGGAGUCUGGGCGUGGUGGGCUAUACCCGAGACCAAGGGCAAGACCCUGGAAGAGAUGGAGGCCUUGUUCGGUGUUCCUGCCGCCCUUGAAGCUGCUGGAUUCCAGAAAGAAAAGAUUGAAUGCAUUGAGGACAUUCAUCAAGCAAAGGUCUGA